AGACUUUAACACAUGAAUUAAAUAUAUUAAGAAAGGAAAACUAUCCCAUGAGCCUCUCUCCUAAAAUUUGGGUUUGUUUCUUAAAUUUUAAUCCAAAAUGGGAAAAAAAUCUUCUUCAAAUUUCACUUCUUUAUCAAUUUUUAAUCCAAAAUACUACUUCAAAAAACCCCAACAACUUGUUCUUGUCAUUUUUGGAUUUAUCUCUCUAGUUUUGCUUGUUUCUGACCGUCAAAAUCUUACCAGAGACCACCAAGAAGAGGUUUUGAGAUUGAAUGAAGAAUUGGCACAGCUAAAAUUGCAGCUUGAAGAUUUUAAUGUAAAGGUUCAAUGGUCAGCAGGUCUGGACAGUGCAGACAUUAGCAAAGAUGAUGAUGAUGAUCCUGUUAGUGUUGAAAGAAGAGAGAAAGUCAAGGAAGCGAUGCUUCAUGCUUGGACUUCUUAUGAGAAGUAUGCUUGGGGCCAUGAUGAACUUCAGCCACAAACAAAGAAUGGAGUUGAUAGCUUUGGUGGUCUUGGAGCAACUCUAGUGGAUUCUCUUGAUACAUUAUUUAUAAUGGGUCUUCAUGAGCAGUUUCAAAGAGCCAAAGAGUGGGUUGCGAACUCAUUGGAUUUCAACAAGGAUUAUGAGGCUAGUGUCUUUGAGACAACCAUAAGGGUUGUUGGAGGGCUUCUCAGUGCUUAUGAUCUUUCUGGCGACAAAAUUUUUCUUGAAAAGGCUAAAGAUAUUGCAGAUAGAUUGCUGCCUGCAUGGAAUUCUCCUUCAGGAAUUCCCUAUAACAGAAUUAAUUUAGCGCGUGGGAGUGCACACAACUUUGGGUGGACUGGGGGAAACAGUAUCCUGGCAGAUUCUGGAACAGAGCAGCUUGAAUUCAUUGCUUUAUCUCAAAGAACAGAAGACCCAAAAUAUCAGGAGAAGGUAGAGAAAGUCGUAAAAGAGCUUCAGAAAACCUUUCCAGCUGAUGGUUUACUUCCCAUAUAUAUUAGUCCUCGCUCUGGAACAGCUGCUUACUCAACAAUAACAUUUGGUGCCAUGGGGGAUAGCUUUUAUGAGUAUUUACUCAAGGUGUGGAUACAAGGGAACAAAACAGAAGCUGUGAAGCACUACAGAGAGAUGUGGGAGACAUCGAUGAAAGGUCUCCAAAGCUUGGUUCGGAAAACAACCCCAUCAUCCUUCACAUACAUUUGCGAGAAGAAUGGAAAUUUUUUAUCUGACAAGAUGGAUGAAUUGGCAUGCUUUGCUCCUGGCAUGUUGGCUUUAGGAUCUAAAGGUUAUGGCUCUGGUGAAGCCGAAAAGGUUUUAUCACUUGCAGAAGAGCUUGCAUGGACUUGUUAUAAUUUCUACCAGUUGACACCUACAAAACUGGCUGGAGAGAACUAUUACUUUCACCCUGGACAGGACAUGAAUGUCGGCACUUCAUGGAACAUUUUGAGGCCUGAGACAGUUGAGUCACUCUUUUACCUGUGGCGUAUCACUGGAAACAAGACAUACCAAGAAUGGGGUUGGAAUAUUUUUCAAGCAUUCGAAAAGAACUCCCGCAUAGAGACUGGAUAUGUUGGUCUUAAGGAUGUGAACUCAGGUAUCAAAGACAACAAGAUGCAGACUUUCUUCCUUGCCGAGACGCUCAAGUAUCUGUACCUCCUAUUCUCACCUACGUCUGUCAUCUCUCUGGAUGAAUGGGUAUUCAACACAGAAGCACACCCUCUGAGAAUUGUGACUCGUGGUGAUCUUCAUCAAGAGAAUUUCCAAGUUGACAGACAACAAAAGUUACCACUUCAUUUUCGUGGUAGAAAGGAGGGUCGACUAGGAUACAAUUAGCUGCCAUCCUCCUCACAUUUUCAGUCAGCUCACUUGCCUCCUGUCCUCACAUACAUCAACCAUAAAAAAGGUGACGGUGCAGAACUUUUAUAUUAUUCAAGAUUCACAGCAGCAUUAGUCCUUGAACCUGGAUAAAGAGUGACACCGUCAAUCAUGUCCAUCAAUUAAGCAAUCAAGGUGGUGCUGGUCAACAUUCUGCCCCAGAAUUUAUAUCCUCAUCUUGUUUCCAGCUUGGAUGGCUGUGUAAAACAGAUAGCACAUUGUCACUAGAAAUUAUCAUAUAAGACAUGAUCGAGGGGCAAAUGAGCUGUUGUACACAUACAAUAUGGGCUCACAGGUCAUAAAGAAUUGUUAUAGAUUAUUGAAAAUAAAAUAAAGGGGACCAAGAUAUAUUCAUGCAGAA